CUGUUAGGCAGACGACAGUGUUGCUUGUUGUGGUCUGUGGAGUCUUCAUUAGGUCGAUGUUGUGAUGUUUUUGUCUUUUGUAGGUUAGAAUUUAUGGGCAAUUGCAACUAGAACUCCACUUUUUUAAACUACACCACGAAUAAAAUCUCGAAAUAGUUUUGAGCACUGUGUUACUAAUUUUAACUAGUAUCACAAUAAAACAUCAGGUGUACAAAGUGUAGUUAGAUUAUAAUCAUUAUUGAUUUUUUGUUACUUAACCUAAAAAGCUAAGUUUCUAGGCUAAUAUUACAAUGAAUUUAGGUUGCUUUAAAACAAUUUAUUGUGUUAGUUUAUUGAAUCCAUUUUCUUCAUUUGUACAAAUUACAAGAGCAGAAGUUUUUGGAAAAUGCUAUCAUCGUUUUAAACGGAACAUUUCAUCUAAUGUCAGUGGCCCCCCUUGGAGAAUAAUAUUUUUUGGUACAGAUGAAUUUGCUUUGAAGAGUGUCCAACCAUUGUGUGCAAAACUUCGCACUGGGACCCUCAUGAGUGACUUGGCGAUUGUGUCGAAACCAGGCUCUGUGGUCCGAGCAUUUGCAGAAGAUGAGAAACUGCCUGUUAUUGAGUGGCCAUUCAACCAUAGUGUGAUCGAGAAUAAGUUUGACCUUGGCAUUGUAGUAUCAUUUGGUCAUUUAAUCCCUAAGGAGAUCAUCAGUGCAAUUCCUUUAGGUAUUCUGAAUGUUCAUGGGAGCUUACUACCGAGGUGGAGGGGAGCCGCACCCAUACUCUACGCAGUAAUGAAUGCUGACCCUGAAACUGGUGUCACUAUCAUGAAGAUAGAACCUCACAAGUUUGACACUGGCAGUAUUGUGAGACAGUACAGGUGUCCAGUAGCUCCUAACGAGACAACGCCUCAGGUCACUGACAGGUUGGCAGUGCAAGGAGCAAGACUACUCAUGGAGUGCGUGAGAGACUUGCCACGGUGCCUGGAGAUGGCAGCACCACAACCUGAAUAUGGGAUCACUUAUGCACCAAGAGUGACAAUGAAACUCUCUUACGUCAACUGGACAACAAUGGGGGCUAAGCAGGUGUACGACCUUCACAGAGCAAUGUCACAUCUAUAUUCUCUCACAACCAGUUGGCAUGGAAUCCAGACUAGGCUUUUAGAUAUAAAACUGGAUCCCACAACUUCUGCUUCUAGUCCAAAGACAGUAUCGGAAUCUUCAAAACAGUCGGCUCUUGACUUCUUGAACUCCCCGACAGAGCCCAGUACGACACCACGAUACUUCAUAGACACAUCCAUCUCAAGGCCAGGAACAAUAUUCUACAACAAGCUGAACAGAACUAUGAAGAUUCAGUGUGGGGACGGUUUGUGUGUUUCUUGUGGUGGUGUGCGAAUGGGUGGCAAGAACUUUAUAAGCCCUCAUGACUUUUAUAAUGGAUAUUUAACAAAAGUAAAGAAGACAGAAUGGUAUUUUACAUAGUCUUCUGAUUAUUGUAAUACAAUGUAUAUAGUCUUAGAAAUCAAUGGAGGUGAUAUUCUAUGAUCAGUAAUGUUUAAUUAAAGACUUGCUUAAAUCUAAAUUGCAUGUAAGAAAUACUUGCUGUACUAAAAAGUGAACAACUAAGUUUUGAGUAAGAAAUGAUACUGUAUUAGUAUAUAAAACAGAACUAGUUAUUUUAUAUUUUA